AGACGAUACGUUCACRUACUACGAUGACAAAUAUUCCCGGUUAAUGCUGGACAGAAUCAAUGAAUUACGGCAGCAUGGAGCCAUGUGCGACGUUAUCAUCAAAGUUGAAGACGCACAGUUUUUGGCUCAYAGGAAUAUUCUUUCUGCAAGUUCAGAUUAUUUCUUGGCAAUGUUCAAUGGUAAUAUGAAAGAAAGCAACCAAGAGAUAAUAACUAUUGCAGGAGUUGCUGGAGAAAGCAUGAAAUCUAUUCUCAAUUUUAUAUAUACUGGUGAAAUUGUCUUAGACUGGAGUAACGUAGAACUUAUCUUACAAGGAGCAAACCUCAUGCUUGUYCAAUCCGUCAAAGAUGCAUGUUGUCGAUUUCUAGAAAGCCGUCUGAAUGUUUCAAAUUGCUUAGGUAUUCAGACAUUCUCGGAGACCUAUGCUUGCCAUGAYCUAUGGCAUAUUGCAAGCAACUACAUCCACAUGAAUUUUAUUCAUGUAUCGGAAAGUGAYGAGUUUUUGCACAUGUCGGUAAAAAACCUUAGUUGCUUGUUAUCAAGUGACGACAUUUCAAUUGAAAGUGAAGAAAAAGUUUACGAAUCGCUAGUUCGCUGGAUCAACUAUGAUUUGCCAAACAGAAAAGUCUAUUUUCCUGAAYUGCUGGAACUAAUACGACUUCCUUUAGUUUCGGCCUACUAUCUUGUAGACGUUGUAGAGAAGGAAGAACUAAUGUCGGAAAGUCCGAGAUGCAGAGAGCUUCUUCUUGARGCGCAACACUUUCAUAUGUUACCAGACAGGAGGUCAUCGUUGGGGAACGCUAGAACAAAACCAAGAAAUUACGAACGAUUUCAUGAAAUGCUUAUAGCCAUUGGGGGAAAUGGAGAUUUCACGAAUUUUACUACAGCCUUUGCAUUUAAUGUUAUCACAAGCCAAUGGAACGAGCUUCCAAAACUCCCCAAAGACCGAGGAUACCAUGGUGUUGCAAGUUUAGGAGGACAAUUGUACAUAGCUGGUGGCUAUUCUACUGUCAACUCCGAGACCUUAGAUACAGUUAUAAGAUAUGACGUACGAGAAAAGCAGUGGCAUAACAUCCCAUCAAUGAACACGAGACGAAGCAAGCACGGUAUGGUGGAGGUAGAUGGUAAUAUUUAUGUGGUUGGAGGCUUUGAUGGCACUUCAACAGUAAAUACCAUGGAAAGCUUUAGCAUACAGACAAACAGGUGGAAGAGCCGUUCAGCCAUGCCAACUCGUCGACGCUGCGUGUGUGCUGUAACUUACAAAAAAUUUAUUUUCAUAAUUGGUGGACACGAUGGUUCAAGCAUUUUGAAUACGAUAGAAAGAUACGAUACUUCAAGGGAUAUAUGGAACUCAACAGAAGUACAGCCAAUGAGAGACCGACGGUCAUUUCCAUGUGCUGUGGUAUGUGACGACAGCAUGUACGUCAUGGGUGGUUACGAUGGCAACGAUACAUUACGUUCUGUGGAAAUGUACAACUUUUUGACUAAUCAAUGGACAGCGAUGCCUUCUAUGUUCGUUCCAAGAUCCAAUGCUGGUGCUGCAGUUUUCAAUAAGAARAUCUAYCURGUUGCAGGAUGGGACGGUAUCAGUCUGAACUCUGUYGAAUGCUUUGAUAUUUCAACAUCUGAAUGGCAAAGAUUACCAUCAGUUCCCAGACCAACAACCGGAGUUCGCUGCUGCUUUUUAAGUUUUCAAUCCUCAAAUGAGCAAAAACCAAAAGGGAAAAAUGGAAAAGGUCAUUUUUGUAUCAUAUGCUAAAUCAAUUACGAUCAAACAUACAGCGAAAAAUUAUGAUUAAAAGU